UCAUCCAACCUAAGCACGAGGCUAUCAUUGUCUAGGAUGUAACAAAGAAGUAACCAGGGUGUUUGUUUUUGGCUCUGUACAGGCUAAUUCACCUGUACCUAGUGGACCCAUGUUGCCGGAUCUAAGUUCCCAUUAGGAGUUAGGAGCUCCGGAUCUUAGACUAGGUACACUGUUUCCUGGGAGAGGCUGCCACAGGUUCCAGCCUGUGGGUUCUGGGGCGCUUUGCUGGGGUGGGGGGUAGAAGUCCGGUCUGCCCCAGUGCUACCUCCACCCCCAGGCUCUGGCUAUCUAUGGAGGAGGGUGUUAUGUCGGAGACACACAGGUAGCCCUUGCAGCGCCCCGGAGCGCGGGGUUCAGGCCUGCAAGGCGGCGGAGGAGCGGAGGGCACAGCCAAAUCUGACUGUGGGCCCCGGAGUGCUGGCCGACCCUAGCAGAGCUGUGUGAGUCUCCACCGAGUCCUCUGGAAACCGUGGCCGGAGAAUCGGUUGUCUCGUGGAGGCUUCUAUUUCUUUCUUUCUUUUUUUUCCUGCCUCCCCACUACCUACCUGGACUGAUUGUCAAAACACGCAGUCCUGGGAACCCCUCUCGGUGGGAUAAGUGUAGACUGGGUCUCCAUCGCCUGCAGCCUCCGCCGCCACCGGAGAUCCCACCCGCACCAUGAAGGAAUUCUCCGUAAACCCGCGCGCGCUGGGCGACUUUGCCUCCGGAAUCGCUGGCCUGGCGCCUUUGGGGUGAGACCAGAGGGGAACCGGUCCAUCUCCCUACCGGUCCGAGAUUGCCUGCCCAGUGUGCUAGCUUUGCAUCCGCCUCAGCAUCGCCGUCUUGGCCAUCCUCUUCUUUCUCGCCUCUGGGAUUGUUUAUAUAGCAUCUAGCACCUAGGAGGCAUUGCCCACCCCCACCUGGCAUCCCGCCCUUCCGUCCUGCUCUCCCAGCUCCCGCACGUGGUAGGUACCAGUAUCAUCUCGGCGGCAGGCAGGCGACAUCCAGCCAAGAGAGGACGCCCGGGUGUCAGAGCCGUGCAUCCUAGCCUGGCGCUCAUCCUCCCCGCGCGCCCUCGUCCACUUCCAAAGCCCUGCUCAGGCUUGGGUUUCGUUACCUGCCAUCCGUCCCCUGGAGGAGCAGCGGAGGUUUGAAAUAUUGCCCUGUGGGCGCGCGUGAUGCUUCUCUGGGUUCGUUCAGCCGCCAGAAGAGAAUGGUAACAUGAACAGCUGAGCGUAAGAGCGUCAGCGGAGGAAGGGGCUUGGAUUGAUGGGCAGAAUAAGUACUUGGCGAAGGAUCUCAUUCCCAGGACUGCGAGAGCAGCGGACGACUCGGCGCCUCCACUUCCUGGCUGGACUCCGCUGACAUCUGUAGCCUCCUAGCGACUGACCAGGUUCCCAGGUCACCGCGCCGCGGCUGCCCGCAGGGGAGCGAGUGAGCGUCAGACUUCCUGAGCAUCCAGUUCCUGAACCGCCAUCCAAACACGAGUUCUGCCCUGGAGAUCUUGCUUCCGGACCCACAGCUGGAGCCCGCUGGCAAGCUGGCUCUGGAGGGAGUUGAACUUGAGUUCAGAUGGCCAACUCCCUCUGAAUCCUGCAGAUUGGUGCUGGGCACACAACAAAAGUUUGUAGCUUCCCAUCAGUAUCUGGUGCUUCACAGGGGCGAGGAAAAGACCUUGACAUUACACUCCAGACUCAGUCAGGGAACCAUCUCUUAACUUUUCUCCUCUGUUAACAUUUGCAAUGAAGAGGAAACAGAAGAGAUUCCUACAGAUGACUUUGUUAUUCAUGGUGGCUUUAAUUUUCCUGCCCAAUAUUGGUCUCUGGUCUUUGUACAAGGAUAAGCACCUGGUGAAGUCCGCUGAGCCCUCGGAGCAGCAGACAUUUCCACUGGGCCUGGGAGAUGGGCAAGUCUAUUCAUGGACAGAUGGUUUGAGAAGAAAGGACUGGCAUGACUAUGAGAGCAUUCAGAAAGAGGCUAUGCGCUCAGGGAAAGGUGAGCAUGGAAAACCUUACCCCCUUACUGAAGAGGACCAUGAUGACUCAGCUUACAGGGAAAAUGGUUUCAAUAUUUUCGUCAGCAACAACAUUGCUCUAGAGAGGUCCCUGCCAGAUAUUCGCCAUGCUAACUGUAAGCACAAGAUGUACCUGGAAAGACUGCCAAAUACCAGCAUCAUUAUCCCAUUUCACAAUGAAGGCUGGACCUCACUCCUGAGGACCAUCCACAGUAUAAUUAACCGAACUCCGGAGAGUCUGAUAGCAGAAAUCAUUCUUGUAGAUGACUUCAGUGAUAGAGAACACUUGAAGGAUAAGUUAGAAGAAUAUAUGGCUCGGUUUUCCAAAGUGAGAAUCGUUCGCACCAGGAAAAGGGAAGGACUCAUCCGAACCCGACUCCUGGGGGCUUCUAUGGCCAGAGGAGAGGUGCUGACCUUCCUUGACUCCCAUUGUGAGGUCAACGUGAACUGGUUGCCUCCACUCCUUAACCAAAUUGCACUAAACCACAAAACCAUCGUGUGUCCCAUGAUCGAUGUCAUUGACCACAAUCACUUUGGAUAUGAGGCACAAGCUGGGGAUGCCAUGCGAGGAGCCUUCGACUGGGAAAUGUACUACAAAAGAAUCCCCAUCCCUCCAGAGCUCCAGAGGGCAGAUCCCAGCGACCCUUUUGAGUCUCCCGUUAUGGCUGGAGGUCUCUUUGCUGUGGAUAGAAAAUGGUUUUGGGAAUUGGGUGGCUAUGAUCCAGGUUUAGAAAUCUGGGGAGGAGAACAGUAUGAAAUCUCUUUCAAGGUUUGGAUGUGUGGAGGAGAAAUGUUUGAUGUACCAUGUUCUAGAGUUGGUCACAUCUACAGAAAGUACGUCCCUUACAAAGUUCCAUCUGGGACCAGUCUGGCAAGAAACCUGAAGCGUGUGGCUGAGACGUGGAUGGAUGAAUUUGCUGAAUACAUCUACCAGCGGCGGCCAGAGUAUAGGCAUCUCUCCACCGGGGACAUCUCUGCCCAGAAGGAGUUACGCAAACAACUCAAGUGCAAAGACUUCAAAUGGUUCAUGGCCGCGGUGGCCUGGGAUGUGCCUAAGUACUACCCUCCAGUGGAGCCCCCACCUGCAGCCUGGGGGGAGAUUCGAAAUGUGGCAGCAAAUCUGUGUGUGGACAGCAAGCAUGGUGCCACAGGUACCGAACUGAGGCUGGACAUCUGUAUCAAGGACGGUUCUGAAAGAACAUGGUCUCAUGAGCAGUUCUUUACCUUUGGGUGGAGAGAAGAUAUUCGGCCUGGUGAGCCAUUGCACACCCGGAAAUUCUGCUUUGAUGCGAUCUCACACAACAGUCCAGUCACGCUCUAUGACUGCCAUGGCAUGAAGGGGAACCAGUUCUGGGGUUACCGAAAGGACAGAACGUUAUUUCACCCCGUGAGUAACAGCUGCAUGGACUCCAACCCUGCCGAGAAGAAGAUUUUCAUGGCCAGAUGUGACCCUCUCUCUGAGACUCAACAGUGGAUUUUUGAACACAUUAACAUGACUGUUUUAGAAAAAACUAGCCACUAUGGUAGCUCAUAGAAAGAAAGGAGGGAAGAAGAAUAGUUCCCUACUAAUGCUGAACUAUAUCUUCACUGGCGUCUGGGUCAAAGGAGUCAGGAAUAAUACGUCCUAGAUCCAAAAAGCCUGGGUUAAAGAUCUGCAGAUGCCAUGUCACCACAGGUUGUCUUGAACAACUUCCUGCAUCUGAGGAACUUGGCUGAGAACCUCACCAGCUGCUUCUGAGAACUCAAGACUAGCAGUUCCCUUGCUGGCCAAGGGAAAAGAUUAUUUAGGGACUUUUCACCACAACUGCUGAGUUAACAAAUCCUAGCAUUUCUCAGGUCAAAUCCUGCAGUAGUGAGUAGCUAUGAAUGGAUCCUAUUCGCCGGGUGGGAGGGGGGUGGAACAGAGUGCAUGACUGCUCUGGUAACCUGAGGACCGCACACAGGUUUAGAACCAGCUGCGCUUACGGGGUGAGCCGUGCUCUCUGGUGCCAUUCUCUGACCAAGAAUGGGUUACGCAGGUUUAACCCAUACAAGUGCUGCAGAUGAUUUUAGAGUGUUCAUACUAUUGUUUUCUUUUGUUUUAUGUUUAAUUAAGGGUGCCACCUCUAAGAAUUAAAGGACAUUCUCUCACUUAUGUUCGCCAUCCCUUUAGAAUGUUACCUAAGUUUCUGGAGGCUCAUAAAAGUCCACACCCCAUAAAUUAGCUGAAGUUCUAAUUCAGUGCCCAUGUAUGAAUCCAGUAAAAAACAACAACCAUGCUACCCAGUUACUCGAAAGAAAGAUAUCGCAGAAGCAGCAAAAUGCCAUAAGCAGGAGAAAAAAUGCCCUUGGCAAUCUAUUUUUACUUUUCUAUUAUUUUUACAAUUUUAAAAGUCUGAUGUUUGUCCAGUCAUGAUUUUUUAUUAAGGAAGGCAAUGGAGUGAGGUUGAUGUAAUUUGUUUAGGCAAUUCUUGAACCCAAAUAAAUCUACACUCCAAAUGACACAUGAAAAUGGCUUCAUUCACUUCUAUGCUAUUUCAUCAGUGCUGUGAACUUAAAGGUGGUUUUACUUAAUUAUUAGUUUUGGAAUUUUUUUUUCUAAUGUCGAUAAUAACAAUGUUGUUCCUUUAUUUGGAAGCUCACAAACAGAAUUACCACUAAUAAAAUGCUUAUGACACUACUUUCUGCUAAUGGGGCAAUAUUUCAGGGGUUCUUAAAAAGGGGAUAAUUCAAAACUCAAUAGACUAUUUAGUCCUUAAAAGAUUUUACUUCUUAAUAAUGAUGAGGAAGAAUAUACAGGUAUCAAGAUGGGUCUCUAAAGAAAAAAAAAUCAGGUUCACUACACAGUUCUCAAGUUUUCCUGGGUACAAAGUCGUUUUUAUUGCUUUUUUAGCUUGACUUUUUUUUUGUUUUUUAAUUUUUUUUCUUUUAUUUGGGAGA